GCGAGCCUGUCGACAAAAUCGAUCGACGUCGCGAGCGCUGCACACUUGCACCAGUCGAAUUGCUAGUGCAAUCCAUACGCCGUCGAGCUACAACACAGCUCGUUGCACGAAGCGUGUCGUGCGUACAAGCAGGUAACUCCUUGCAGAGGCAGCAAGCCACACCUCAUACCAUACAAGAUGCCGCCCAAAGCAAAGGGUAAAGGCGAGGUCAACGAGGCCGGCCAGGCCGGCGCCUCGAAGUGGGGCCGCGUGAAGACCAAUUUAAAGAUGGGCGUCGUGGGCCUGCCCAACGUCGGCAAGUCGUCUUUAUUUAACUUACUGACGGAGCAGGGCGCGGCCGCCGAGAACUUCCCGUUCUGCACCAUCGACCCGAACGAGGCGCAGUGCGGCGUGCCUGAUCAGCGCUUCAAGUGGCUCUGUGAUCUCUACAAGCCUCCUUCGAAGGUCCCGGCCAAGUUACUGGUGACUGAUAUUGCUGGGCUCAUAAAGGGCGCUUCAGAAGGUGCUGGAUUGGGCAAUGCGUUCUUGUCACACAUCCAGGCCGUCGACGGCAUCUACCAUUGCGUUCGCGCGUUCGAGUCUGACGAAGUGAUUCACGUCGACGAUAGCGUGGAUCCCGUGCGCGAUCUCGAGACUAUCCAGUCGGAGUUGUGCAAGAAGGACUUGGCCUACGUCAAGAAACAAAUCACAGCGCAUGAAACGGCAAAGCAAGGCCAGAAGGCUCCCAAACUAUCAGAAAGUUAUAUCUCAGCGAGGGAUAAAAUAGUAGCUCACUUGGAAGAGGACAAGCCGGCGUUCAUGGCGGGGUUCACGGAUAGCGAGAUCGCCGACUUCAAGGUCUGCGCUCCGGCCUUGAUAACGACGAAACCCAUCAUCUACUUAGUAAACCUCUCGAAGAAAAACUUCAUCGCCAAAAAAUCGAAAUGGUUACCUAGAAUUGCGGACUGGGUCACCAGUCAUGGUGGCGGCACGGUCAUUCCCUUUUCGGUGGAAUACGAGGAGGAGGUGUUUGGCGCCUUCCAGGCGGGCGGUGCCGCGGCGAAGCAGGAAGUCAUUGCCGCGCACCAGGGCACGAAGUCCGUCCUACCUCGGAUCAUCAAGUGCGGCUACAAGGAACUGAAUUUGAUCUACUUCUUCACGGCGGGCGAGAAGGAAGUGCGGGCCUGGAACAUCUACAACGGCUCAUUAGCACCGCAGGCCGCGGGCGCCAUCCAUUCGGACUUCGAGCGCGGCUUCAUCAAGGCCGAGCUCUGCGCCUACGACGACUUCAAGGAGCACUGCGGCGGCAAGGCGUCCAUGGCCAAUUUGAAAUCUCUGGGCAAGUACCGCCAGGAGGGCAAGAACUACGUCGUGAAAGAUGGCGACAUCAUCGAGUUCAAAUUUAACGUUAGCAAAUAACCUA